UUUUCAGUCUCGAGAUUCAACUACAGAGUUGAACGUGUGAGUGAGCGAAUGAGUGCAGUAAAAAAAUAUUGUUAGAAAUAUAUCACAAAAUUACUAAGUAACAUAACAUUGUUGAAAUACAGCUGUGUUGUUAGAAAACCACCUUUUGGACAAAAUGUUGGGACUCGCACGCACCGCUCAAACGGGUGUUAAACCCCAAGUGGCCGCUCUUAUCAAACACUCUAUGAAUCCCAAUAACCUUAUGACGAAAUCGCGUAGUAUUAGCUCUGUAAUGCCGGAAACGAAAGUUCCGGACUUUCAGACUCAAAACGAACCGGUCUAUGACUACAAUAAGGGUUCACCAGAGCUAAAAGCGUUGCAAGAUGCUCUCAAGCGUACCGCCGCUAAAUGUGAGGAGGUGCCAAUAGUGAUUGGUGGUAAAGAAAUGCGUUCUGAUAGAGUUGUUCAUCAAGUUAUGCCACACAAUCAUGCCCACAAACUGGCUAAAUUCUAUUAUGCCGACAGUAAUAUGAUUAAGCAGGCUAUUAAAACAGCAGUUGAAGCUCAACCUAAGUGGGAUCGGGUACCGAUGUCAGAACGUGUAAAAAUUUGGGAAAAAGCUGCGGUGUUAAUGGCUGGAAAAUACCGUCAAGAAUUAAAUGCAGCCACCAUGUUGGGUCAAUCAAAAACUAUUAUACAAGCUGAAAUUGAUUCGGCUGCUGAACUAAUUGAUUUCAUACGUUUAAAUGCAUUUUUCAUUAAGGAAUGCACCAAAUAUGAUCCUAUAAGUCCAGAUCCAAAGGUAACCAGAAACUCGAUGCGCUAUCGUGGCAUUGAUGGUUUCAUAGCUGCCGUUAGUCCUUUUAAUUUCACAGCUAUCGGCGGAAAUUUGGCCUAUACACCUGCUUUAAUGGGAAAUGGUGUUUUAUGGAAACCUUCAGAUACAGCUUUACUUUCCAACUGGCGUAUUUUUAACGUUAUGCGUGAGGCUGGGGUACCAGACGGAGUUGUUAAUUUCGUACCCGCUGAUGGUCCAGUCUUCGGUGACACUAUUACAGCCUCUCCCCAUUUAGCCGGUAUAAAUUUUACAGGCUCUGUACCUACCUUCAAUCGCUUAUGGAAACAAGUGGGCAAUAACAUUGACAGCUAUGUAAAUUUUCCCCGUUUAAUUGGUGAAUGUGGCGGCAAAAAUUUCCAUUUUAUACAUCCUUCGGCCGAUGUUCUCUCUGUGGUUAAUGGUACCAUACGAUCCGCUUUCGAGUUCUGCGGUCAAAAAUGUUCCGCUUGUUCGCGAAUGUACGUUCCAGAAUCUUUGUGGUCUAAGGUUAAAGACGGUCUCGUCGCUGAAGCUGGUAAACUGAAAAUUGAUGAUCCUACCGAUGUUACCACUUUUACAGGCGCCGUUAUUGAUGAUAAAGCAUUUAAACGCAUCACUGGGUACAUUGAACACGCCAAAAAUAGUUCGAAUUUAAAAAUUAUAGCUGGUGGCACCUAUUCUGAUGCCAAAGGUUAUUUCAUACAUCCUACAAUUGUAGAAUCUAAGGAUCCUAAAGACAAAAUCAUGACUGAAGAAAUCUUUGGUCCUGUUUUGUCAUGCUACGUUUACAAAGAUUCUGAUCUCAAAAAAACCAUGGAGUUAGUGCAUAAGUCAACGAAGUUCGCCUUAACCGGUGCUGUAUUCGCUCAGGACGAGGCUUUCUUAAGACAAGCAUUAGAAGAAUUUAAAAUGGCGGCUGGAAACUUUUACAUUAACGAUAAGUCAACCGGUUCGGUAGUGGGACAACAGCCAUUUGGGGGAGGUCGUAUGUCAGGUACCAACGACAAAGCUGGCGGACCGCAUUAUGUCCUACGUUGGGCUUCACCUCAAGCCGUCAAGGAAACAUUCGCGCCAUUGCGUGACAUAACCUAUCCGUACAUGAAGCAGUAAACCUUUUAAAAUUAAUACUAAACUCUCGAAAUCAUGUUAAAUUAAUCUCAAAGAAACAAAUGAAGAACAAAACAACUCGAAUAAAAAUAUUUUGAAUUUUUUUUUAA